UCCAUACACUGACGGCACUCAUGGGUCCGUCCGGUGCCGGAAAGACCACUCUUUUGAAGUGCAUUAAUAUGCGAUCAAAUUCUGGACUCACAAGUGAUACACAGAUAUUUGUCAACAAAUACACCGAUUUGAGGACUUGUUUCAUAAUGCAAUCAUCUGAUGAACACCUUUUCUUGGGCUUAACUGUCAGUUAUGCACAGACGGGACAAUCAUUGCUAUGUUUGGAUGUCUGUCCGGAAAAUGAGUGUGAAAUGAGCGGAUCCACUCUCACAGAUUGCUUGGAUCCGUCUGACAAAAAGGGCAAUUUUGACCACAACUUGAAUGUCCGGAAGAUAUUGUGUGAACUGCUUCUGGAGGACUGCGCCGACAAUAGUGUGCAGACGUGCAGUGGUGGCGAACAGAAGCGGCUGUCCGUCGGACUCGAAUUGAUAUUGUGUGAACUGCUUCUGGAGGACUGCGCCGACAAUAGUGUGCAGACGUGCAGUGGUGGCGAACAGAAGCGGCUGUCCGUCGGACUCGAAUUGGUUCAGCAAAUGAAGCCAAACCUCUUGUGUAUCGAUGAGCCCACCAGUGGUCUCGACAGCAAUGCCUCAGAAAUGGUGAUUCAAUGUCUAAAACAAUUAUCAGAGAGACAUCGGAUGGCAAUCGUGACGUCAAUACAUCAGCCAAACUCACUCCUGCUGUCAAUGUUUGAUGAGUUGUAUGUCCUCUCAAAAGGAGGUCACUGUGUCUUCACGGGUCCCCCAAACCUCCUCAGAGGACAUCUCCUCAGAUGUGGCAUCACCUGCGCUGAAGAUGUCCUCCCGAUUGAACUCUUGUUGAAGAUAUCAUCCAAAUUUCCAAACGCUAUUUUUAAUAAUGGGAAUCACAUUAAUUCCGAUGAAAGCGUUCAGACACUUGUCAUAGAAGGCAAUGAAAUCGAUCGACUCAUUCAGAUCUCAUACCAACCAUCGGAACAAUUCCGAGACGACUGCCUAAGAAGUGGCAGAUUAUCCAAAACCAUUGACAAACAAACCAAAUAUUUUCAUUUGAUUCACUUUUAUUAUCUAUUAAUGCGUGGAAUCACUUGUUUUGUGAGAUAUCAGUGGAGAGUUACGGCAGCCCUGAGUUCGUUCGCAAUCGUUGUCUCAUUCUUCCUGUUAUAUCUGUACGGGACAGACAUCGGUCAAGAAAACGGAUGUUUAAACCUGUUUACCUCCAAUCAGACCCUUUCAAUGCCCGCAUCACUAGAACAGGCCUUAAAUAUCUUAAGCCAGGAAUCGAAAGUGUCUCUAAACCUAAAGUGCCAGUUCUUCGCCAUUGCAUUCCUCCAGUUUGUAUCCAUGGCCUGUACUAUACUGGUUUUCCCCUCCGAAGUUCGCAUAUUUCUCAACGAACACCACAACAAGUGGUAUUCCACCAGUUCCUACUUCUGGUCCAAAUAUAUGGUCGAAAUACCAAUUUCAGUACUCAUCUCGUACAUUUAUUCUUUCAUUAUUUACUAUGGUACCGGGCAGUUGGACCAGACAUUCAGAUAUGUCUACUUCACUCUCAUUACUGCAUGCGGAAUGAUAAUCGCCAACAGCGCUGGCUAUUUGAUGGGAAUACUGUUUGCCCACAACUAUCAAGUGGCCACCACUUCAGGUGUGGCCGUAUUCCUAGUCCUGGUGCUAUUAUCCGGUUUCUUUGUGCCCCUAACUAUACAACACUCGAUAGUCCGCGGCUCUAGUUAUCUGUCAUUUAUUAAACUUACGUUUGAAUCCAUUCUGAUCUCAAUAUACGGUUUCGAUCGGUGCGAUGACUCGCAAAUGCCUAUACUUUUGCAUCAAUUGAAACUCGAUGACAGCCAAAUGAAAGGCAACUUGUAUUGGAUUUUAGGGCUCUUAGGGUUUUUAGGGAUUUGGUAUUCUCUGGCGUCUCUAAUAUUCAUAUCCCUCAGCAAUUGCUUCCUCCGGUUCAGACACAUGAUGUCCUCCUCCAACAGCACCCUCUCUGCCUCCAACAUAUCCCUGCCCUCAAUGAAGACUCUUAGGGUUUUUAGGGAUUUGGUAUUCUCUGGCGUCUCUAAUAUUCAUAUCUCUCAGCAAUUGCUUCCUCCGGUUCAGACACAUGAUGUCCUCCUCCAACAGCACCCUCUCUGCCUCCAACAUAUCCCUGCCCUCAAUGAAGUGUUUAUGCAUUUUCUCAUACUUUCGGUGCAAUUCAUUCUCCAUAUUCUUGAGCUCAACUCAAUCAUCUCUGAUCUCGUAAUGAGAUCUGACUUUGCAAUCACUGGAAUUAUAUUGACUUUUGUGUCCAACUCUUUCAUUGUCACCAAAUCUAUUUCCUUCAAUCCGUGUCCGACCGGAGAUAUUAAGUACAGACACGCGUGA